AUGCCCCGCGACCCGCGACCCCGCAGCCCCGCGCUGGCGCCCCUCCUGCUGGCCGCGCUGCUGGCCGGCCCUGUGCUGGCCUCGGAGAUCGUGGGAGGCCAGCCGGCCCGGCCCCACGCGUGGCCCUUCAUGGUGUCCCUGCAGCGGCGCGGAGUCCACUUCUGUGGGGCCACCCUGAUCGCCCCGAACUUUGUCAUGUCGGCUGCGCACUGCGUGAAUGACUUUAACUUCCGGUCGGUGCAGGUGGUGCUGGGGGCACAUAACCUGGCACGGAGUGAGCGCACCCGGCAGACGUUUGCUGUCCAGAGGAUCUUUGAAAAUGGCUUUGACCCAAACAACCUGCGGAAUGACAUCGUGAUUCUCCAGCUCAAUGGGUCGGCCACCAUCAAUGCCAACGUGCAGGUAGCCCGGCUGCCUGCCCAGGGCCGCCAAGUGGGUGCUGGAACACAGUGCCUGGCCAUGGGCUGGGGUCAACUGGGCACAAACCGGCCACCACCCAGAGUCCUGCAGCAGCUGAACGUGACUGUGGUGACUGCCCUCUGCCGCACCUCCAAUGUGUGCACCCUGGUACCACGCCGGAAGGCUGGCAUCUGCUUUGGGGACUCCGGAGGGCCCCUGGUCUGCAAUGGGCUGAUCCAUGGAAUCGACUCCUUCAUCCGGGGAAGCUGUGGCUCUGGGGUGUUUCCGGAUGCCUUUGCUCCUGUUGCACAGUAUGCAAACUGGAUCCAGUCUGUCAUUGGCCGCCGUGACGACCGCCCCACCUUCCGCCCUAGGGACCCUGUAAGCAGGAGGCUCUAAUAAGGGCUGCCCUUGUUUCCCUACCUCACCUACCCUUGGUUGGGCCCUUCCAACGCUGCUUCGUUGGGCACCUUCCACAGUAAAAACAAAAACUAAAACUAAAAACAAACCCUUUCUGUAAUAGAAUGCGUGUGUGUGUGCA